AGCUCAAGGGCGGAUGCGCGAUGGGUGAAGCCUGCGAUGUCUCUUCUGAUGACGCACCUGGCGGAGCCAAAUCGGAGCCGGCGCCCGGGCCGAAGCUUGCGGCAAAGCGGGGCCGGCAGUGGGAGCCACUGCCUUAUGGCUGGAUUCGGAAGAAGUCCAAGACCAAGGGAGCGUACUACUACGCGAACAUCCUCACUGGCAAAACGCAGGUGGAGAAGCCUGGCGCGUCCAAGGCAGCGCAGGGUGCACGAGACGCGGUCCGUGCGCGAGACGCGGGCCGCCAUGCAAGAGAUGCAAGGCACGCAGGUAGGGAACCAGCUGCGUCGAAGAGGGAAGACUACGAAGCGGCCGAAGCUGAGUUGGAGGAGGCCAAGCGCCAGGCGGCCGAGCGUCGUGCUGCGCGCAGAGCGCUGAGCCCCGAGAGCCCCGAGAGCCCCGAGAGCGACGGCGGCGACUCGGGCGCCGAGUGUGCGGUGACGGGGGAGGAGCUGGAGAAAUGGAAGGCCGCGGAGCAGCUGCGAGAGUGGCGGCAGGCUCAGCGAGAGCAGGUGCCGGACGAGCUCCCACCAGUGCCCCGUGUGAUUGCACCUUGCUUGGACAUCCUUAAGGAUGGGAAGUGGGUGGAGCGGCACACCCUGUCUGGCAACAAGCAGCGCUGGACUCUGGGCAGGGCUGCUGGUGAGGUGGACUUUGUCAUGAACCACCCAAGCAUCUCGAGGCAACACGCUGCGCUGACCAGGGGCGGGGUGGGCAUGUACUUGAUGGAUUUGGAUUCCGGCCAUGGCAUCUACUUGAAUGGCCAGCGGAUGGAGAAGAGCCUUCGCGUCCACUUGACACAUGGAGCUGCCAUUAAGUUUGGGAACUCCACCAGGCUGUACUAUUUCCAUGAGCCUUCGCCGUAACGCCUUCCGGCUUUGCUAAUGAGCUGCUAAUGCAUGGCCCUUGCGGGCAAAUCAAAAA